AAGUUUAUUUUCUUAAGUCUUAGGGUUGAGCUUCCUAAAAUACAGUUAAAGUAUUCAUCCUUAAAGAUUUUUUUCUUUGAAUCUUAUCAACAAAACACUCUUAUACUUAGAAACUGAGGAGAGAGACAGAGAGGAGGAGGGAGAGACAGAAAGAGAAAGAAUGGAUUCAUCCAAAUCAUCUGCAUCACAAAGCACAGAAAGAGGAUGCUUCUCUUCCCAAGUGUUCUUAUGGACCGUUGCUGGGCUCUGCAUCCUGCUACUGAGUGCCUGUUUUAUCACCAGAUGUGUUGUGUCAUAUCACACCUUUCAGCUCUGUGAUGAGAAAAAGUUCCAGCCACUCGAGAAUUCCAUGGAGUUCUCCUGCUAUAAUGAUGGAUUAGGUUCAGUCAAGAAUUGCUGUCCAUUGAACUGGGUACAUUUUCAAUCCAGCUGCUAUUUCUUUUCUACUAACACCAUGACCUGGACAGCAAGCUUAAAAAACUGCUCGAACAUGGGAGCUCAUCUGGUGGUUAUCAACACACAGGAGGAGCAGGAAUUCCUUUACAGUAUGAAACCUAAAAGGAAAGAGUUUUAUAUUGGACUGACGGACCAGGUGACUGAGGGUCAGUGGCAAUGGGUAGAUGGUACACCUUUCACAAAGUCUCUGAGCUUCUGGGAUAUAGGAGAGCCCAACAACAUAGUUACAGUGGAGGACUGCGCCACCAUAAGAGACUCUUCAAAUCCAAGGCAAAACUGGAAUGAUAUGCCCUGUUUCUUCAAUAUGUUUCGGAUUUGUGAAAUGCCAGAAAGAAAUAGUUGAACAGAGAAAAAUCACCAAGACAGAAGGCACAAUGUAAACGUAUAAAUGAGAAGGAACAAGCGAUAAUCACAGCCGCACAACUCUAACAUAAGUGUGCAUUGCACUUUAUAAGGACUUCAUAAGUGUUUGUCGCUUUGAUGUAAAUAAAAAUACAUCGU